AUGGCCGACUCGACGACACAGGCUUCCGAGUCUCACGCUCUCAAGAGUGCUCCCAAGGACAAGAGCUGCCCCUAUUGUCGCCAGGCCUUCACCUCGUCCUCGCUCGGCCGACAUCUCGAUCUCUACAUCAAGGAUAAGAACCCCAAGCCGCCAGAUGGCAUACACGACGUCGACGCCAUCCGGAAGCUUCGCGGCGGCAUCACCAGGCGCCACCCGCGGGGCUCCCUGGGCCGCAAGGCCUCGACCCCCGCUAGCACCCCGAGGCCCUCUGCCAAGAGAGAGGCCUCGGCUGCCGAGAGCGAAUCUCACAAGCCCGCUUCUAUCCCAAAGGACGGCCAAUAUGCCGUCGAUUCGACUCUCAGCAAGUUUCCUUUUGUCCCCAGGUGGGAGGCGACGGGCGUCAUCAACGACAUUCCCGGCAGGCGCACCGUGAGCAAGCAGGCCGCCCAAAAGGCCCAGCUCGACGUCAAGCAAAAGCUGGCUGAUGCCAUGGACACUGCCCGAGCUGCCGAGCUGGCCUUGCGCGAGCUCCUCAGCUCCUGGCGGGCUGCCAAGCAGCACAUUGACAACAACUCGAUGCCCUUCGACUUCGACCCGCUUUCGCUCGAUUUCCCCGCCCUCACCUUGCAGUGUCUACGCCCGCCCCCGACCCUCUUCUCCUCUACCCAGCACCCGACUUCCACAUCCUGGUCUGUGCAGUCCCCCGGCCGGCGCGAGUAUAGUGCUCUUCAGGCCUAUUUCCAAGAAGAGUUUCAGUCUUGGAAAGUGGCCUGCGCCUCUGCAACGACGGCGGCCUUUGAGGAGCUGACGUAUCCGCCGAGCGGCAACCCGCACAGAGACGCACGCGAGGCCGUCAAGAAGGCAGAAAAAGCGGCCGAGAACCUUGAGCGCCAAGUCGAGGAGCAUCUGCAGUCGGCCUACGCUGUGUGGGAGUCGCUGCCCACCCAAAGGCAACAGGAGCUAUGGAUUCUCGAGCUGGCAAGGGGCGUCGGCAGGAAGCAAAACGAGACGGUAAAGCUCAAGGAGCAACGACACGGAUUGGAACAGGAAAACGCCAAUCUCAAGUCGCAAAUCGACCAGUUGAACCGCCUGCAGCAGCCUCGCGAAUUCAAGCUACUUUCUCCCACCACGAUUCCCAUCGAUCGAGACCUCAUUAGCUAUGCCUAUGAGCAAGGCGUCAAGGGCGGCAAGAGCGUCGGCUUUGACCUCGAGGACCGCCACGUCGACCUGAGCACACUCGUAACAAAGUCGAUUGAGCGUUGGAAAGAUGUCAUCACGUCGACCCGUGCAACAGAGAGCGGCAUGGGCGCCCAGAAGCCCCUCGAUCAGGCAGCCUCGACGUCGGGGCUGCCGCAGACUCACCAACCCCCGCCGAAGCGACUGUCGACGACGAGCACCAACGAUCCGCCGAGCGAGCAGACGGCAUCGUCUGUCAGCAACACAGGUCCGCCGUCGAUUGAGGAGACGAGCGACCAGGAUGCCGAUGCGGAGAUGGAGGACGACGACAGCUUCGCCAUCAUGAACGCCUCGCCCGUGAAGCCUGCCCAUCCGAUGCAACAGCAGGCAACCCUCGACGUGCCCAGAACGCGCGGCCUCGUGCAGCAGCAAAACGCCGCCCAAGAGCUGCGCUUCAUGAUGCCCAACGGGGCAGGCAGAUCGGCCAUGUCCAUGAGCCGGUCGAUGGCCGGCAUGAACAUGGCCAUGCAGGGCAACCCCCUGCAGGGCAGUGAUUUGGGCAUGAUGCAGCCGGUUCGAGGCGACGCCAUGUACAUGGAGUGA